AACAAUAAUGAAAACCGGUUUACUACAUUUUUUUUUCAGUUUUUGUUAAACAAAUGUGGAUAUAAAUACCGGUGUUGGUUAGUUUUAGUAUAUAGUCUUCAUAGUGGUCGUAAUUAAACAGUAACGAUGUUUUCGAAAUGGGCUAUACUUAUUACGUGGGCAGUUAUAAGCGCUUGCGAUUGCUUUUAUGUGGAGUCAUUGUCGAAAUGUUCUUCCAACGAUGAACAAUGCCUUAAGGAAAGCAUAUCAAAAAUUUUAAAGCUUAGUAGCGAAUCUGGCGUUAAAGAAAUCAAUGUACCCGCUCUUGAUCCCCUUAUUCUAAAAAAUAUAGGAUUCUCAAAAAUGAACAUAUUAAAUAUGACAUUGGAAGAGGCACAGUUAAAAGGAAUCAAAGACUGCGUGGUAAACAGCAUACACAAUGACUUCGCAAAAGGAGAGACGAAUUUGGAAGUAACUUGUGAUGUUGAACUUGAAGGAAAGUUCAGUGUAUCGGAAACAAACCCACUUUUCCAGAGUUUCCUUGGAAGUAAUGCAAUUACUAUCGAUGGAAAUGUAAAACUUCAACUAGAGAAACUUCAUAUUAAUAUGCAAUUCUUCUACCACUUUAUUAAGAAGGACGAUGGAAAUAUAUAUUUUAAGUGUCAUAUAGACGAGUUCCACCCCGAAUAUGACAUAGGUAAUGCCAAGCUGUCAGCUGACAAAAUACUUUUAGGAGGGAAAGAUGACACUGAAAACAUCGUAGGCUUAUUCAAUCAAAAUUGGAAGUACAUUUGGCAGACAUUUGGAAAAAGUAUUGUCGAUGUGGUUGUCCCGAUUUUCAAUGAUAUUUUACAUCGUUUCCUCGAUACUGUACCAGCGAAAUCUUAUUUUAGCGACGACCUUACGCCAUACGUGAAAAAUGUUUAAUUUAAUAAAAUAUUAUGACUGUAAGGUUUCUGUUUGUAAAUA